GUCUUCUUUUCACUCCACCCACUCCGUUAAAAGUAGACAUUGCCAUAUAUUUCGCUGCACGGCCACAACAAGGACAGAGAGAAAAUGUACAGAAGCGGCGAAAGAAUGGAAGACAUACAUAGAAAAUUUGCAAGUGAACAUUCAGACCAGGAACAUCUCUGGAAACAGAUGGAAAGUCAGGAAGAGAUGAAAGGACUGAUACAAGAGAUUGCUAGUGAAAGUUUGUGCUCAAACGUUGAUCUCAGGAUUGUGCUGUUGGGUAAAACUGGAACAGGAAAGAGUUCAGCAGGAAACACCAUAAUCGGUGACGUUGUGUUUAAGACUGGUAUGUCAUCUAAGUCUGUUACUAGUCAGUGCCAAAAACAUCUGACAACAGUGGAGGGUAGAAACAUCUCAGUGAUCGACACUCCAGGACUGUUUGAUACGUCCAUGAGUAAAGAAAACCUGAAAGCUGAAAUAGUGAAGUGUGUCUACAUGUCUGCUCCUGGUCCUCAUGUAUUUCUGCUGGUCAUGAGACUGGACGCGAGAUACACACAUGAAGAGAAAGACACAGUGAAAUGGAUUCAGGAGAACUUUGGAGAAGAAGCUUCUCGAUACACAAUCAUUCUGUUCACUAGAGGAGAUCAGCUGAAGGGAAAAACAUUAGAUGAUUAUAUCAGUGAAAAUAAUGAUCUCAAGGCUUUUGUUAAUAUGUGUGGUGACAGAUCUCAUUUAUUCAAUAAUGAAGACAUGAAGAAGCACUCUCAGGUCACUGAACUGCUGGAGAAGAUUGAGAAGAUGGUGAAGGAGAAUGGAGGACAGCACUACACUAACGAGAUGUAUAGAAAAGCCCAGGAUGAAAUUAAAUGGGAGGCUCAGAAACAAAGAGCAAAACGUUAUGGAAGAACAGCACUAGAAGUAAUAGGAGGGGGAGCAGUAGUAGGAGUAGUAGUAGCAGUGGCAGGAGGAGCAGGAGCAGCAGCAGCAGCAGCAGGACGAGCAGCAACAACAGUAGCAGCAGCAGUAAUAGGAGCAGCAAAAGCAGGCUUGAGACUGUAACGCACAGUUACUCUAAAUGACAAAAAAAGAAAAUAAAUAUUCUUCCAAUAGCUGUGUGGGGAGUUGUGCACAGUUGUGCUACACGAGUUUGAGUCCUUGCUUGUGGUCCUUUUCACAAUUCUCCUGCUUCGCUUCCUGUCAAUUCUCUAUGCUUUCCAGUCCAAAUAAAUGUCACAAAUAUUAAUAUGCUGUUUCAAAAUGUCUAAUCAGUUCUUUGCAAACACAUGCUGAUUUUAUACAGAGACUGAGUUGUUUGUUAAACAUUUGCAAGCAUUGUAAAUGUUUUAAUUAUUACAUUUGUAUUAAGGUUUCUUUUUUUGUCAUUGUAUUGAAGUUUAUUUGUGGUUGCAAUUCUUUUUGUUUACUUUUCUAAUAUGCUUCAACUUUACUUGCUUAGUCCUGGUUCCUCCUUAAUUAGCGACUCAUUGACCUUUAUACGCCCUCUGUUAAUUAGCCAAUUACUGCAGCCAUAUACUAAUGGGUCCUGAUUUAUAAAUGCCUGCAUUGAUGCACAAAGACUGAGAGACUUAGAGCUGCUUGAUUUGUAAGGUGUGUGUGCGUAAUGAGAAAUUCAUGAGCUAUGUAAAUUUGUUUCUUUGCUUAAAUAGAGUGCCUUUGACUGUGUCAUCUUAAGUAUGGUUUAUUUUGAUUCGACUGUUUGUAUUUCUGUUCUUGUUUAGAAACCACACACACACACACACACACACACACACACACACACACACACCAACACCCAUGUUCACAUUAUGUACUUCCUGCUCAUCUUUGCUCUAUCUGCUUCAAUGAAUAAAUAAAGUGGU